UUUUCUCUCUUUUUCCAUUCUUAUUAACACUUUACUUUUUUGCUUCUUCUCCUAAGUCUCUCUUUUACUUAUUUUAGCUUUUGCUUCUGAUUGGUACCAAACUCGCUUCUUUCCUUGUUCUUCUUCUUCCUCUAAAUACUCUCAAUUCUCAAACUUUUUGCUAAAUUCAAUCCACUCACCCUUCUCUGCUUCCUGGGUUUUCGAGUUUCUCGAUUUCUGCGAUUUACUCUGUUCUCUUCCCCGGGAAAUAUUGAUUAAUACCCCACAUGAAACUAAACUUGUAAUCUUUACGCAAAAGUUUCAACCUUUUCGUUUUGAGAAUUCUCAAAUCCAACAAUCCAUGGGGAUCUGUCAUGGCAAACCCAUCGAGCAACAAUCAAAAAGCCUCCCAGUUUCCGGCGAAGUCGAUGAAGCUCCGACGAGUUCACAACCGGCGACGACGAAAUCCUCUGGCUUUCCGUUUUACAGCCCUAGUCCUGUACCUAGCUUAUUCAAAUCCUCACCUUCUAUAUCAUCAAGCGUGAGCUCGACGCCUCUUCGUAUCUUCAAGAGACCUUUCCCUCCUCCUUCUCCUGCUAAGCAUAUAAGAGCUUUCCUCGCGCGUCGUUACGGCUCAAUCAAGUCUAAUGAGGUCUCUAUUCCUGAAGGUAAAGAGUGUGAGAUCGGUCUCGAUAAGAGUUUUGGGUUUUCGAAACAGUUUGCUUCACACUACGAGAUCGAUGGCGAAGUGGGCCGUGGACAUUUUGGUUAUACUUGCUCUGCUAAGGGUAAAAAAGGCAGCUUGAAAGGUCAAGAAGUUGCUGUUAAAGUUAUUCCUAAAUCUAAGAUGACAACUGCAAUUGCAAUUGAGGAUGUUAGUAGAGAAGUGAAGAUAUUGAGGGCUUUGACUGGUCACAAGAACCUAGUCCAGUUCUAUGAUGCGUUUGAAGAUGAUGAAAAUGUUUAUAUUGUAAUGGAAUUAUGCAAAGGUGGUGAACUCUUGGACAAAAUCCUUCAAAGGGGUGGGAAAUACUCAGAAGAUGAUGCUAAAAAAGUUAUGGUUCAGAUUCUCAGUGUUGUAGCUUACUGUCAUCUGCAAGGUGUGGUUCACCGUGACCUUAAACCCGAGAACUUUCUGUUCACUACGAAAGAUGAGACUUCUCCUCUGAAAGCGAUUGAUUUUGGUCUUUCUGAUUAUGUUAAACCAGGUCAGAGAUGUUACUAUAGUAUUGGAGUCAUUGCUUAUAUUCUUCUCUGUGGCAGUCGACCCUUUUGGGCCCGUACUGAAUCCGGAAUCUUUCGAGCGGUCCUAAAGGCAGAACCCAAUUUUGAAGAAGCUCCUUGGCCGUCACUAUCACCUGACGCUGUAGAUUUUGUGAAAAGAUUGCUAAACAAAGAUUACCGUAAAAGACUAACUGCCGCCCAGGCUUUGUGUCAUCCCUGGCUGGUUGGCUCGCAUGACUUAAAUAUUCCAUCUGAUAUGAUCAUAUACAAGCUUGCAAAAGUGUACAUAAUGUCUACUUCCUUGAGAAAGUCAGCUUUAGCAGCUCUUGCCAAGACAUUAACUGUACCGCAGUUAGCUUAUCUGCGGGAGCAAUUUACAUUGUUGGGGCCAAGCAAAAAUGGAUAUAUCUCAAUGCAGAAUUACAAAACAGCAAUCCUAAAGAGCUCAACAGAUGCUACGAAAGAUUCACGAGUCUUAGAUUUUGUUCACAUGAUAAGUUGUCUUCAAUACAAGAAACUCGACUUUGAAGAGUUUUGUGCUUCAGCAUUAAGUGUUUAUCAGCUCGAAGCAAUGGCAACAUGGGAGCAACAUGCACGGCGUGCUUAUGAGUUGUUUGAGAAGGACGGGAAUAGACCCAUCAUGAUUGAAGAACUUGCAUCGGAACUCGGACUCGGGCCAUCAGUGCCGGUGCACGUUGUACUUCAGGAUUGGAUAAGACAUUCCGAUGGCAAGCUUAGUUUCUUGGGCUUUGUCAGAUUACUACAUGGCGUGUCUUCUCGAGCAUUACAAAAAGCUUAGAACAAAAACCACAUUGUUAGUUGAGAAAAGAUGCAACUAGGUGUAAUCUGGCUGUGGCUUCUUCUUUCUUCCAUUUCUUGAUAGUGUAAUUUUCUUCUUCUUCUCUAAUCAUGGGUGGGUAAGCAUUUGAGUCAAAGAUUCGAUAUUUAUGUCUGUGAGCGUCUCUUGUGUGUGUGGUGGGAAGAAAAAAAAAAAAAGUCUAUGAAGAAGAGGAAUGUACAGAAUCAGACAUAUCCAUUAUCUCUUUGAAAUUGGGUUUCUAAUUCAA